CGCUCCAAAGAAAGCGGUGGAUAACCCAGACGUCAGACGCGGAGAAACUUGCACCUCAGAACACUUCCUCACCUUUUCGGGGACUCUUCUUCGUCGUCGUCCAGACUACCAGUCAACGACGACCGCCGUCGCUUCCCGGGACUUGGGAUCCGGAACCAUGGCCGAGAAGCGGCGCUCGCCGUGCGCGCUGAGCGUCAAGGCGCACGCCUUCUCCGUGGAGUCGCUCAUCGGGGCCGAGAAGAGGCGCAGGACGGCGGGGGAAGGGGCGACGUCGCCCGGCUACGACGUUCCGAAGGCGAACGCCGGUCCGGAGCUUCAGCCGGCGGCCAGAGCCUACGGGAGCGAAGCGGAAUACGCCAGCGACGGAUCCCAGAGCGAAGACGCGCUCCUGGAGAGUCCGCAACCCGCAGCUGUUAGCGGCAGCGGGAGCGAAGACCCACGCGUGGAACUGCAGGGCUCGGACCUGUGGAAACGCUUCCACGAGAUCGGCACGGAGAUGAUCAUCACCAAGGCCGGAAGGCGGAUGUUCCCGGCCAUGCGCGUCAAAAUGUCCGGUUUGGACCCACAUCAGCAAUAUUACAUCGCGAUGGAUAUCAUCCCAGUGGACAACAAGCGAUACAGGUACGUGUACCACAGCUCCAAGUGGAUGGUGGCGGGCAACGCCGACUCGCCAGUGCCGCCCCGGGUCUACAUCCACCCGGACUCGCCCGCCUCCGGGGAGACGUGGAUGCGGCAGGUGGUCAGCUUCGACAAGCUCAAGCUCACCAAUAACGAGCUGGACGACCAGGGACAUAUAAUCCUGCACUCCAUGCACAAGUACCAACCACGGGUGCACGUGAUCCGGAAGGAGUGCGGCGAGGAGUUGUCCCCGGUAAAGGCCGUACCCGUCGGCGAGGGCACGAGAACCUUCUCCUUCCCCGAGACCGUGUUCACCACCGUCACGGCGUACCAGAACCAGCAGAUAACCAGGCUGAAAAUUGACAGAAACCCUUUUGCCAAAGGCUUCAGAGACUCUGGAAGGAAUCGGAUGGGCCUCGAAGCCCUGGUGGAGUCGUACGCUUUCUGGCGGCCAUCUUUGCGAACGCUGACCUUUGAGGACAUACCCGGUAUGGCCAAACAAGGAGUCCAGGGACCCCACGGAGGUGUCGGCGCGUCGUCCCACUUGCUCCCACCCUCGCCGUGCUCGUCACCCUUCCAGGUGUGCCCCCUCAGCCCGAGCGACUUCACCUGCAGCCGCCCGGCCCUCCCGCUCCACCGCUACGCCACCCCUCCGGAGCCGUUCCCCCCACCCCGGGGCCCGCCGCCCUACGAGGGCGACGCCUUCUGCACCCUCCCGCUCUCGACGUCGCAACUGAGCUACCUGUCCGGCCCCGCCCCGCAGGGCUACGCCGGGCUCCGCCUGCACACGUCUCCCUACGGCUUAUACGGCUACACCUUCCCGCCGUCGCCCCGCCUGGCCGCCAGCCCGGACAAAACGAGCGCCGGCGCCAGCCAACCGAGCACCCUGCUGGGCUCGUCCCCGAGUGGGACGCUAACGGACAGCCUGGGGUUGCUCGCCACGGGACAACAGGGCUUCUUAUUCGACUCUCGAACUUUGGGGCUGGCAGGGAGCCCGUCGGGGAGCGGGGGCCCGCAAGUCGCCGCCCACCUGGUUUGACGGACAUCUGAAAAUGUCACCAAGGGAGGUUUUCAAAGGUCGACCAUCGAGCGAUGAUUAAACACCCAACCGGUUUGUGUUGCCGAGCGCUUCUCCUCAUUUGGGUGAGUGGGAGCCUCUCUCAAUUGACUUUGGGUUGAAAAGAAGGGUACACCCCGGACUGGUCACCAGCCAAUCCCACAGAUCAUACAAUGACAGCGGUGAAAGCUGCAAGUGAAUAUAUUGAGGAGGCGGAGGCCGUGUGACUUGACGUGAGCACUUUGUUCUUGUUGGGAAGGAGAAGCUAAACUCUGCUUGCCUCUCAAGGGACGACAUCCAGUAUUCCAUAAUUCUAAUAAUAAUAAUUUGCUUUUCAUGACAUACGCAUUGAGUGAGUCAACUUACAGGCUCGAUUGACACAUCAGGUCUAAAUUCCCAUUCAGGCUGGAUUUACACUGUAUUGUAUUCCAAUUUUAUCCGUACUUUUUUUUUUUUUUUUUAAACAUUAUUGAUAUCAAUUUCAAAUGACAUAGUGUAUAAAAAUAGAAUUAAAUGAAUAACAAAAACAA